UCCUCCAGCGCCAUUUUCGGCGUUGUCACGGGACUACAGCAUGCUGUUGUCAAACAGAUAAUAAGACUAGAGUUUUAAGUAAGACCUCAUUUUCUGUAUUCCUUCAAAAUGGGACGAAAAAAGAAGAAGCAGAUGAAGCCAUGGUGCUGGUAUUGUAAUCGAGACUUUGAUGAUGAAAAGAUCCUCAUUCAGCAUCAGAAGGCAAAACAUUUUAAAUGCCAUAUCUGCCACAAGAAGUUGUACACUGGCCCAGGCUUGGCCAUUCAUUGCAUGCAGGUACACAAAGAGACGAUUGAUAGCGUACCAAAUGCAAUUCCUGGAAGAACAGACAUUGAGCUGGAGAUCUAUGGUAUGGAGGGGAUCCCAGAGAAAGACAUGCAGGAAAGAAGACGAACGUUAGAACAGAAAUCACAAGAGAGUCAAAAGAAAAAAUCAAACAAUCAGGAUGACUCUGAUGAGGAUGAUGAUGACGACGAUGAAGCAGGACCAUCAGCACAGCAGGCUCCUGCUGUCCAGCCCCAGGCAGGCUACGCUGCUCCAAUGGCCCAGCUUGGGAUGCCUCCUGUGGCUGGUGCACCUGGGAUGCACCCAGGAGGAUAUCAAGGAAUGCCUCCCAUGAUGCCGGGCGUUCCUCCCAUGAUGCACGGCAUGCCUCCUGCCAUGCAUGGAAUGCCACCAGGCAUGAUGCCAAUGGGUGGAAUGAUGCCUCCCAUGAUGCCAGGGAUGCCUGGUAUACCCCCUGGAAUGCCACCUCACAUGGCUCCAAGGCCAGGGAUGCCCCACAUGGCCCCGGCCCCCGCAGCAGGCGCGAUACCCAGUCGACCGGUGGCACCAGCGGCCCAGCCUGCUGUCACCAAACCUCUCUUCCCCAGUGCAGCACAGAUGGGCUCUGGUGUUCAUAGCACAGCAGCUGUUUCCUCUCCACUUGCAGACCUUCAGUCUGUCUCCUCCCAGCCUCCCUUUCCUAACACGCCACAAGCCCAGCAGAGCACUUCAGGAGCUGCCGCUUCAAACUCCCACAGUACAGCCGCCUCCUCAGACCUACCCAAAGCAACAUUCCCAGCCUACACCCAGCCCUCUGUCUCUUCUUCCUCUUCCACUUCUGCUUCUAACCCCUCUAGCAGCACUGUGGCCAAACCCCCAGCCACAGUGACCAAUAAGCCUGCCACCCUCACCACCACGAGUGCAACUAGUAAGUUGAUCCACCCUGAUGAGGAUAUCUCACUGGAGGAGAUGAAGGCCCAGUUGCCCCGUUACCAGCGUCUCAUACCCAGGCCGGGUCAGGCCCAUGCGGCUGCUCCCCCAGUGGCGGCUGUGGGCAGCAUAAUGCCCCCACAGCAAGGCAUGCCACCACAGCAGCCUGGCAUGAGGCAUCCCAUGCAUGGUCAGUAUGGCGCUCCACCUCAGGGCAUGCCAAGCUACAUGCCUGGAGGGAUGCCUCCAUAUGGGCAGGGUCCUCCUAUGGUGCCCCCUUACCAGGGAGGCCCUCCCAUGGGCAUGAGGCCGCCCGUCAUGUCUCCAGCUGGGCGCUACUGAAGCAGCAAAGCAGCCACCACAUUAGGUUUGAGGUUAACACCUUUCUCUCAUCCUUGUGCUUUUUCAAACCUAGCUGCAAGCAAAGAGCAGUCAGACCAGUGGUGGUGAAGACCAACUUUAUUUGUUAGAACAU